AUGGCUAGCGAUGCGCCCGAAAAGACCACAGAGCAGACCCCUCCUGCGCCAGAGGUUCCUACUGAGGAAGCUCCUCCAGCACCAACAGUUCCUGAAUCGCGAUUGCCGACCCGCAAGGAUGUUUCCCUUCGCGAGUUCUUGAACAAGAUGGACGACUAUGCACCUAUUAUUCCUGAUGCAGUUACCAACUACUACAUGACCAAAGCUGGUCUUCCCCCACCACCACAAACCGAUCCUCGUCUUGCGCGACUGCUCGCCCUCGCGACACAGAAGUUCAUCGCAGACAUCGCUGCCGACGCUUAUCAGUACAGUCGAAUCCGCGCAUCGUCAAACACCAACAAUCCCAUGGGCUCCCUUGGUGCGGCGGCUGGUUUUCCUAUUCCUGGACAACCUACAGGUCAGCCUGGAAGCAAGGAUCAAACGAAGGGUGCACCUCUCGGUAUUCAGCGACCGGGUUACGGCGGUGGUGGUCAGGGUGGUAGCCAGAACAGAACCGUCCUCACUAUGGAGGAUCUCGGUAUGGCUGUUGGGGAGUAUGGUGUGAACGUCAAACGAAGCGAGUUCUAUCGCUAG